GCAAAUUUCCAGUCAGUUACAAGCAAGCACGGGAUACGUCUGCUUGUGCAAUUAAGUUCGUUUACCCAAAGAGAUAUUGAAAUUAAAAUAUAUUUUUGUACGAGUGCAACAUUUUUUAACUUAAAUAAAAUCGUUUUUUAUGUCUCUAGUGACAUCGUUACCUAUUCAAUUUUGAAAAUAACCGAGAUAACAGUGUCUGUGUCAGAAAUUUUCCGGACAAUCAACCUUUCCUCGAACUGUGCUUAAGGGUGGAUAUGCCUACCAGUUUAUUCUCAGACAUGGAUCGUUCUAGUGGCAUCGGCGACGAGAGGGCCCUCCAGUUGGCCCUGGAACUCUCAAUGUUGGGUUUCAACGAUCCUCUCUCAUCCGUGGGAGAACCAGAAACUCCGGGGGACAUUUCCUCCUUCGUUAACCCGCUCGUCGGUUUAGAGGAGGUUAGAUCGAAGAAAUCCCAAAAUAUGACUGAAUGUGUGCCUGUUCCCAGUUCUGAGCAUGUGGCUGAGAUCGUUGGACGACAAGGUUGCAAGAUCAAAGCACUCCGCGCGAAAACGAACACAUACAUCAAGACGCCGGUACGUGGUGAGGAGCCAGUCUUCGUCGUGACUGGACGCAAGGAGGACGUUGCCAAAGCCAAACGUGAGAUCCUGUCGGCCGCCGAGCACUUCUCGCAAAUCAGAGCUUCCAGAAAAAACAACCUCGCUGGUCUUGGUUCGGGAGCCAGCACGCCCCCGGGUCCGCCAGCCAACGUGCCCGGCCACGUGACCAUCCAGGUCAGAGUACCAUACAGGGUGGUGGGUUUGGUGGUCGGCCCAAAGGGCGCGACCAUCAAGCGCAUCCAGCACCAGACCCACACCUACAUCGUGACACCGAGCCGCGACAAGGAACCGGUGUUCGAAGUGACCGGUCUGCCUGAGAACGUGGAGGCUGCGAAGAGGGAGAUAGAGGCUCACAUCGCCAUGAGAACGGGCAGCGGCAACCCCCUGAACGGACUCGGUAAUCUGACCGGUCUGGACGACAACGACCUCAUCACAUCCCUCUACAAAUCCGGCCUGAGCUCCAUAAUGAACUACAUAGAUUCCGCAGCCGAUCCCUUUCCCACAAUGACAUCUUCAACUGGCAGCACCGGCGCUUUUUCCAGCUCCGGCUCGUGUUCGAGCAGCUCGUCGAGCGCAGGAGGUAGGGGUGACCUUGGAGCCAUCUGGAGCACCAACGAGAGGGACGAGGGUCUUGGUGAAUCCCCGAGUUUCGACAGUUCCACCGCCAUUUCCAGCAUCUGGUCGUACCCGACAGCUUCGGUAACAUCCAGGCCUUCGCCGCCCAACAGCGCGAGUCCAUCCGACUCCCUGCUGAGCUCCUCCAAGUGUCUGGUCUGUUCAGAAGGCAAGGUAACGCACGCGUUGGUACCAUGCGGUCACAAUUUCUUCUGCAUGGACUGCGCGAAGAGAGUUUGCGAAGGCAGCGAUUCUUCUUGUCCCGUCUGCUCGAUAAGGGCCAUUCAGGCUAUCCGCAUCUACUCCCCCAACCCUUAAGUUGGCCGAUCGAUGAUCUCGUCGCUCGUCCCCCUCCCCCUCGCGCAUCCCACAUUCCCGUCUGGGCCCGCGCCCUGUGUUCAACUCCUCGGCGAUAGGCAAUCUUCGAUCCGCACCUAACAUACAACGAAUGCUAAAAUUUUAAGAGAAAUUUUCCUUUAUUCAGUUGAAUUUAUAUUUACGUUUCAUUGAUAUUUUUGGGUUUCGAUUUUAAUGUGCGCUUCGAAGGAUGUCAACGCCGCGGAGGUAGUCAUCAUAAUAUGCCAGUUCUUGAAUAUAUCACCGAUUUUAGUGUAAGAAUUGAAUAUUGGUUUAUUUUCCUUUUUUUUUGUAUUUUUAUAUGUAUUGAGAAAUCAAUUGAAUUCGCCACCGUUUCCUCUUGAAAAAAAAGACAUCAUGACGCGACACUAUAUUAACGUAAAAUAAUGUAAAUUUUAUACAUAUUCGAUAAGUGUUUCGUUAUUUUUUAAAUAUAUUUUUUUAAGUUUUGCCAUGUGAAGUGUCACAUUAUUAAAGUCUGAAUCAGCAAUUCUCAAAAUAUUAUUUAAGUAUAUAUUAUAUAUAUUAAUAUUUAAAGUUGAAAAAUAAUAUAUGAAUAAAAAUAUAGCAAAACCUUAAAAUGAAAAAACAUACGUGAAUAUGGCAGUGAGCAUAUUUAGGUUUUGUGAAGAGAGAAAAGGUGGAUUUUGAGUAAAUGUGCUAUGAGUUAACGAGAGUAUGCAGCGGCAGGAAUGGUUGGGGGCCUAUCGGCUGUGAUCUGAACUGCCACCGAUGUCGUGAAGCUCCGACCACAGGGACCACCCCCUAAUAACUACAUACAUAUCCCUUAUUGUUAGUUAAUCGCUCUUGUUGCUAUUGUUCUGUUAUGUCAUGUGAUGUGAUACAUAUAUUAAUAUAUUAAGUAAACUAUAUUUCUUAUAGCCUAUAAGUUGUGAGAGAUUGAUCUAUUUGGUGGUCAUGAGUCGGAGAUAAGCGCAAGCUGCUGAUACAAGUUUUCCUUCCUUCGCUACCGGCUUCCCACUACAUCUCGGCUGGUCGUAGUGACUGAACACAAAAUCCCACUCGGAAGAAUUGAACCUUUCGGCGCGUUAACCACAACCUCGAAUCUUCAUUUUUUCCUCAAUUAAUCCCAAAUCGACGACAUCAAAACUUCUUUCGAGUGGUUGCCGCGACAAUUCUCUUUUGCCGUCAUCUUAGGUUAGAACGGCCCCCGCCUGCACUCUCGUGCUCCUCUUGAUCCUUCAGUAUUCACCCAUUGCUAUUUCAAUCGCCACCGUCUAAUUUUUUUUUCUUUUUCGUCUUCGCGGACACCAAUUUACUUAUUUCGUUUUCUGACUCCUUUGCACGCCACUGGUAACACUGACUGAUCGGCUGCCCUCGACAGACAUCCUGCUUAGAUUAUACAUAUAAUUAAUAUAUCUUAUUAUAUCAACUAGGAUAACAUAUAUUUGUUUUUAUUUAUUUUUUUAUUCAGCCGAUUAAAAUUUUCGUUAUUAGAUAAAUUUUAUAUAUUUUAUAUUAUUAUUAUUAAUAUUACUGCGUGGUCAGUCUCUGGCAGCCGAAGGCGCAGUGUCACCUCGAACUUCGUUUGUUUAUACUUAGGACUGUAUAUAAGUUGUUGUUUUAUAGCUAUUAAUACCAUAUUUUUCUGGAUUACCCCAGAUGAACCUUAUUAAUUAUUAUUAUUUUAUUUUUUUACAUAUUUUUGUGAAGAUAUUUAACUAUUAAUGUUAGUACAAGUACAUGUCCACAUACGUGUGCAGAGUGACUGUUUGAAAUAGUUUAAUUGGAUUUUUGAUUAAUGAUUAUAUUUAUAUUGAUAUUUUAAUGAAGAAACAAUCCAAAAGGUGAUUUUUUUGUCUUUUUCUAUUGAUUUUUGAAGAUUAAAUGUAUAAGUGUGUUUUCUAUUUAGAAAUUUAUAAAUUAGUACGAAUUUUUUAUGAUACGACUGACCUACGCUUAAGAAAUUUUCGCUUUGCGGUCGUCGUCUAAUGAAACGUCAAAAGGCAAAGCUGGUAUUUAUUUUUAUUUAUCCUAUGAAGAAACCACAUAAGACUAAACCAAACUUUGCCUUUCGACCAUAUCUUAGAUAACUAGCGAAUAUUUAAGAUAUUGACUUUUUAAUAAAAUGCUACCAAAUAUUGUAAUAAAAUUCGUGAUUUAUA